AUUUUCCGGAAAAAAUUCCAAAAGUCAAAAUUUAUUUGUUUACCAUAUGAACAGAAUCAACGAAUUUCGACCACUUUUUUUUCAUAUAUGAAAUGAAUCGAUUGUUUUGUACUGUAGCCAAAAAUGUUGCUAAUAAUAAUUCGACAUCAAGAAUUACAUUACCACGUUUAGCUAUAUUUGAUUUGGAUCAUACUGUUUGGCCAUUCGGUAUUGAUGGAUUUCAAUACACACCACCAUAUUUCUAUCAUGAAGGACAAUUAAUCGAUGUUCAUGGUAAAGAAAUUAGACAUUUUCCGGAUUUUCCACGUAUAUUUGAAUUACUACAAGAAAAAGGCAUUCAAAUUGCGGUGGCAUCAAGAACGAAAUAUCCAACCGGUGCAUAUCGUUUAAUUGAUUUGUUUGAUUGGCAUAAAUACAUCAAUUAUUAUCAUAUAUAUCCAGGUGAAAAAAUAAAACAUUUCGAAAGAAUUAACAAAGAAUCUGGCAUCGAUUUUGAUAGAAUGAUAUUUUUUGAUGAUGAACAACGUAAUAUAAACGAUGUUAGUACAUUAGGUGUUGAUGCCAUACUUGUCAAUAAUGAAACAGGUGCAACGGAAAAAAUUGUACGUGAAUCAUUGGAAAAUUUUGCCAUCAAACGAAAUUCAUCAUCAUCAUCAUGAUAAUUGAUUGAAAUUAGCUACUUAUUGAUUAGAAAGGGUUUUUAAAUUUGACCAAUAAAAUAAAAAGUACUUUUCAUUUA